AUGUGGUGGUGGUGGUGUUGCAGUGAGAGGAAAAUGGCAGAAGAAGCGUACGAGGAAGCCAUUGCAGGUCUGCACAACCUUCUCAGUGAGAAAAGUGAGGUGAAGGCGGCAGCCGCCGUGAAAGUGAGGGAGUUGACGGCGGCGUUGGCUGGGAAGGCAGCGUUUGACCCGGACGAGAGGAUCCGCGCUGGCUUCGAGCAUUUUAAGAAAGAAAAUUAUGGGAAAAACCCUGAUUUGUAUGGUGAACUUGCCAGAGGCCAAAGUCCCAAGUUUAUGGUGUUUGCUUGUUCGGAUUCGAGGGUAUGUCCUUCUCAUGUACUCAAUUUUCAACCUGGUGAGGCCUUUAUGGUCCGUAACAUUGCUAGCAUGGUUCCACCAUUUGAUCGGAAGAAAUAUUCUGGAGUAGGGGCUGCAAUUGAAUAUGCAGUAAUUCAUCUUAAGGUGGAGAACAUAUUGGUGAUUGGGCACAGCUGUUGUGGUGGAAUAAAGGGCCUAAUGUCUAUCCCUGAUGAUGGCACCCCUCAAAGCGAUUUCAUAGAGGAAUGGGUUAACAUCUGCAAACCAGCCAAGGCUAAGGUUAAGGCGGAAUGUAACCAUUUGGAUUUCAGCCAACAGUGCACUCAUCUAGAGAAGGAGGCUGUGAACAUUUCUCUGGGCAAUCUUUUGACGUAUCCAUUUGUGAGGGAAGCUGUUGUGAAGAAGACUCUUUCGUUGAAAGGCGGACACUAUGACUUCGUCAAGGGCUCGUUUGAACUUUGGAACCUCGAUUUUAACCUCUCGCCUUCCAUGACUGUGUGA